AUGGAACGCUCUUUUGGCACCGUUAUUAGUGGCAAUAGGAGACCAAAUGCGGAGCUAUCGCCUGAGCAGCGCGCUGCUAUCAUAUCCAAGCAUGAGGACGGCCACAAGCCUACUGAACUUGCGAGCGAAUUCGGCUGCGCGCGCAGCACAAUUUACGACACCCUCAAUCGCUUCAAGCAACAUAACGCGGUCAAAUCCCUACCUCGCAGCGGGUGCCCUGUAAAGAUUAGCCGUCGCGCUGAAUGCCAGAUCUAUCGAUUAGCUCGCCGGCACCCUAAUUGGAGCUACCACGCGCUUCGCUCGCAGCUACCCAAUCCGCCAUCCAAAUCGACCAUUCGGUCGAUUCUCAUCAGCAAUUGGGUGUGGCGGUUAUCCUCUGAGGCCUACAGACGUGAUCUUGUGAACAUUGUGCCUCACGUACGGGAUAUAUCACAGAUGGUUUGGGCGGCUAUCUGGCUAGGUGGCCGCUCAGAUCUAGUGAUCAUGGAGCGUGAUCCAUCGGCGGCGAGGAACGGCUACACCGCGAGAUCUUACAUCGAUGCGCUUGAUGAGGGUCUAGUUCCACACUAUACCCCCGGCACUAUCUUCCAGCAAGAUAACGCGAGAAUCCAUACAGCCGAUAUCGCGAAAUCGUGGUUUGAAUCGCACGGUAUCGAGGUGGUCGACUGGCCGGCACACUCGCCUGAUAUGAACCCCAUUGAGCCGGUGUGGCGCAUGUUAAAACUGAAGGUGUUUAGUAUGUUUCCAGAGCUGAUUGGCAUGGGUCAAUCUGAGGCAGAGUGGCAGUACUUCAAAGAGUGUUUAAAGGCUGCAUGGGCUGCGUUGGAUCAGGCUAAAAUUGAUAGUCUAAUUCUCAGCAUGCCUAGGCGUUUGGAGGCCCUGCGUGUUGCUAAAGGGUGGUACACCAAAUAUUAG